AUGUGGAGUGGACUGUUACCUCCAGGACUUAAUGAAAGUGAUGUUGACUUGAGUUCUGAUGAGGGAGAUGAAUCACAUGGUUCCCUUUCCAAGGAAGGUGCAAAAGAAGAUACUGAAAGAGUUCAGCUCUCUGAAUUCCGGGAGGAUAGACCUGAAAGUGAUGUCAUCAGUGAACCUGUUGUGGUAUCAGUGACAGAUGGAGAAAAUGAGUCUCAAACGUGCCCUCCUGGAAUUUCUUUAAAUACGUGGAAGAAAUUUGUGGAGCUUCAGAAGAAAAACCGUGAAAUGAAAAUCCAAGCGAAUCAGGAAAACAAGAGCAGAAAAAGGAAGCGCCGUAGAAAAGGAAAACAGAAAAAGAACGAUGAAGUGACUAAGAGUAGUCAACAGUUGGCAAAUGAAGAGAAAUGGAAAGAACUUACACAGUACUUUGGGAUCAAUGACAGAUUUGAAUCACCUGUAGAUAGCAGAGCUCCACAAAAGUCUGGCCUUGAACUUAGCAUAGAGAAGUCUGUGGCUGAAGGUGACAUUGAUAAAGCUGAGGAGCUGAGUGACAGAUUAGCCAUUCGUGAGCUUGGUGUGAAAAUUGCCAAAGCUGCCGCUUGCCGCAACUUUGUAAAAGCCAAGCAAGAAGCAGAGGCUGCCCAAGAAGCAAGAAAGAAAAAGAAGCUUGCUUGGGGAUUUGAAGCCAAGAAAAGAUGGGAAACAAAAAGCAACAUGGGAUACAUGUAA